CAGAGUGGGAAAGGGAGUGUGUGUUUUACUGAGACAGACCAAAGCAGGCACCGACUUUACAGUGCAUUGAAGACCUUCCCUUCUGAAGCUCCCUGUGAAAUGAAACAGUAAAGAAGAAAAUGCUUGUCAGCUGUUAGUUGGAGACCACUGCAAUUCCUCCUGACUGUUGUGGAGAAGAAGAUCUUGGCUCUGUAGCCUCCCCCUGUGAUUGGCUGUCACACUUUAGGCUCCCCCUCCUCUCUCUGACUCCCCUCUUCUCUCUUUCUCUCUCUCUUUCUGUCUCAUCUGCUACUAACCCCCUCCAUACUGUCCUCAGGCUCACCUGAGCCACAACUGCAGAAACGCUGGACCUCCUCCACACACACACACACACACACACACACACACACACACACACACACACACGCUCUCUCUCUCUUUCUCUCUCUCAUGUUCACACACUCAGCUUUUCACCUGGAGAGGGCAGGCGCAAGGGAAGGCAUGUGCAGCAGCAGCAGUCUCUACUCACAUCUAGCGCUGCCUCUCUGAGUUGCUUCUUUCUGGAGAGUGGAGAGGAGCUCUGAAAAAGAGAUUUUGGAGCCAUUGUCCCUUGGCGAAAGCAGGCGAGACAGGGGCAGUGAGGGAGCACUUGUAAACCCAGGGACACCAAAGGCAACGCACAUCAUGAUUUUGGGAGGCAUAAACCGGGCUGGGGCGGCGGUGCCGACGUUCUUGCGGACCUCCACGAUGAUCCAGCCCCACCUGGACAUGAAGCCCUUCCUGCAGUUCCCCAUGGAUACCACCCCUCCUCCGCACAGCAUGAACCUCUUCCACAACUUCAACACGAUGGAUCCGGUGCAGAAGGCCGUGAUCAACCACACUUUUGGAGUUCCACUGAUCAAGACAAAGCGGCCAGUCAUCUCCUGUAACGUCUGCCAGAUCCGCUUCAACUCAGAGAGCCAGGCAGAAGCCCAUUACAAAGGAAACCGGCAUGCCAGGAGAAUCAAGGGCAUCGAGACCUCUAAGAGUCGCCCUCAGGAGGGGGAUAAGCAUCAUACUGUGCCCCCCACCUCCUCCCCUUCGCCGCCCGGAGUCCCUGGCACUGCACCAGACAGCGAGCCCAGCAAAGCGGAUGAAACACGGCCUCUGUCACAGUUAAACAGUCCCCUGCUGGUCCCAGGGCCGCUGCUGGCCCCAGGGCCGCUGCUGGCCCCGGGGCCCCUUCUCCCUCUUACAACCCCGCCUACCCCACCCAUAGACUCCCCCAUCCCCUCGGUGUGCCCCCUUCUGCCCACCCACACUCCUCCAAUGAUCCCCCCUUCCUCAUCCUCCCCAGGCUGCGGCACUGGCAGCGCCAGCUCAGAGCAACCCGGAUCUGGACCCCCAGUUUCAGGAGCUGCCGGCACCACGGCCUCCAGCCCGGCCAAUCCAGAGACAGAGGAGGACAAGGCCAAGAAGCUGCUGUACUGCUCACUGUGCAAGGUGGCUGUCAAUUCCUUGUCACAGCUGGAGGCCCACAACAAAGGUACCAAACACAAAACUAUCUUAGAGGCACGGAGUGGGCUGGGCCCCAUCAAGGCAUAUCCUCGCCUGGGCCCCAAGCCCAUUGGAGAGCAGGGAGGGGGGCCGGUGGACCCCAACACUCAGGAACGAACCUUCCACUGUGAGAUCUGCAAUGUGCGGGUCAACUCUGAACUGCAACUCAAACAGCAUAUAUCAAGUCGAAGGCACCGGGACGGCAUGGCGGGCAAGCCUAACCCCCUCCUCAGCCGACACAAGAAGCACAGGGGAGCUGAUCUGACGUCUUCUUUGACCUUCUCCAAGGAUCUCACCAAAGCUUUGGGUGCAGGGCUCUUGCCCAGCCCCUUGGCUGUUGCUGCAGCAAUGGCUGCUGCAGCUUCCUCAAACCAUCUGGCUCUCCGUGCAGCAGCUCCUGGGCACCACCCGCACCAUCACCUAUUACAAGGCCCGCCUCUUAGCCACGCCAUCCUGAGACCCGCCCCCGGGCCUAUCCGCACCACCCACGGGCAAAUCCUCUUCUCCCCUUACUGACACAUCACCCUCUGACUUCGGCCAGUCAGGAACAGCCACUCCAAAAGCACACUGUGAAGAUACAAACAUGAUCAACAAACAGCAAUUGAUAGGGGGGAAAUUCCAACCAUUUAAAUAUUGAACUGAGAGAAGCAAGGGAAAGGAGCAGCGGAGAGGAGUCAAAGUAUAUGUCUUUCUUCCCUUUACCUGAAACUCUCCCUACAUUUCAAAGACUUCUGAAUGAUCUGCAGAUGGACUGAGCAGAGGAGAGCUUUUCAUUAUGCAUUGAACUCCCUUGUACAUCUCUCACCUCCCCUGGUCCCUCUCCCUUGCACUGUGGCCCUGCCAUGGCCGCCUCGAUAGCUACAGAAGAAACACAUGCACACCGUACUAGAAAGAUUAAACCACAUGUAGUGUUACAUAAUUAUUCUGUGCCAGGUUGGUUUUCUCCUGUCAUCACGGCUCAAAGUGUUCUACUCAUCCUAUGCACCUCAAAAACCAAGACAAUAAUGUUAUGUCAGUAGGGUAGCUGCUUCAAUCAGUCUUUGCUGUAUGCACCACAUGUAGCUGUGGCAGCCUCCACGGUACAGUACACGUCCCCUUCUGCGCUGAAGGCCAGCAACUCUUCAGUUUGUGACACUAGGUCUUCGCUAUAUACAACAUAACUUAGGUUGACAGGGAGGUCGUAGCCAUCUGAACAUGUCUGAUGGUGGUGGUGGUGGUGGUGGUGGUGGGGGUUAGGAGAACAGAAAAGUAACUGUGGGGGAUUGCACUCCCCUUUCAUUUCCUGAGACGCUGAGGUGAGAGGAGGGCUGGCACAGGUCAGUAGAUUGACCCCAGGCAGCAUGCAGACACACACAGGCCAAAACAAAUCUGUGUUUUAAAAUAGACUGCACCAACAAAAGUUGCUACAGGGCACAUCUGCCAAAGUCUAUAUCAGUCAAAGAAGGGCCUCACUAAAGGGGAACGAGGAUGGGAGAAACAGCAGAAGUCACACAUUGGUACAUACUGUACUGCUGUAUUUGAUACAUGAUCCCUAUCUUAGAUUGUUUUUUUGAUGGCAAUAAUCUGUUCUUUAAAUUACAGUAUUGAGCAAUACUGAAGAGAGCAUAGUUCAUAUGUAUUGUGAGGUGAGAUUUCUUAAGCCAUCAAAAAGAAAGCUGUCAACAUCCUCACAUCGCCGUGGUCUUUAUUCGCAGGCUGAUUCACUGUGUAGGUGGGGCGGUAUGACUUAGGUGCGACCCUGUGUACUGAUGUAUUUAUGUUGUUUCUGCAUGCAGCCUGACAAUAAGAUCCUGCAGGGUCAGGCUUCUGCGUCAUUGGGUUGAACUCUUCCAUUGCUGCCCAAUCCUCCUCCCCACCUCCCCCAUCUCCAAUAGUUCAUAUGAGUCUAUAGCAGAGGGCACAUCGACACUGGCAACCAUAAUGUUCAAAGGGAACAAAUUAAAAAGAGGAAGAUGAAAGCCAAAUACAUUCUUGGAGAAAUUAUCUUGAGCUGGAGCGACAACCGAGCCAGAACAAGACGACCAGCUCGAGGCAUCAACCGAUUCUUCCCGUCUUACAACUGAAAGCCAUGAAACGCACCAUGAUUUUGACUUUUACAAAGACUGGUGAGCACUUAGUUUUGUUUGGUUUGGACUGUUGGUUAGCAUUUAUAUCACACAUAGAAAUAGGAAACACAAUAAAAAUAUUUUUGUAGGUAGACAAUGUUAAAAACUGCCUCCAUGAAGGGAUAAGAAGAAGGGUUGAAUUGUUAGAUGGUGGAUUAUAUAAGGGUUGACUAAGACAGACUGACAUACAGUACAAGCAGACCUAUUGACUCAGUGGGGAGCCACAAAAGCUAAGCUAAGCAGACCUUUCUUGCUCGACAGCUUAAUCACCUUUUUCUGAACAAGAUGUACACUGUGCCCUUUCAUUGAGAAGCAAUGAGCUCUAAUGUCUUACCUUUGUCUGAAUAUUGCAAUGCAAUGAGCAAUUUUUAUCAGAGUGACUUGUUAUCAUUGUGACAUGUUGUCUGGAGUCAUGUGUAAACUGGGAGCACGCCAGCUGACAGACUUUUCUGUUCUUUCAUGAGGAGUAAAACCCUUCAAAGGGAUUGAGAGAGGGACAGAGAGAGCCAGAGGUGUAGCUGGGCUUAGGGACCGACCCUUCAUAUUAAAGGGCCUUUUUACUAUGGUAAUCUCUGUUUGGGAAACAGGGUACAAUGCCUGGUAUCAAGGGAUUAAAGCUAGAAUUGUUCAACAGGUUUAUUUCUUUGUUGGACUUACUGAGUUGAAUUGUUUUUUGUUUUUUUGUGUGUGUGAGAAAUGUAUUAAAGUAAAAAUCUUGAGGAACAUUAUCAAUGCCAUUACUUAAAGAAGAAGCUGGCUUGGUGUCAGCUUCCACCGUUGUGCUCUUUUUUUGUUGCUGAACAAAACCUUCUUUGCAGAGUUCAUUUUGUGAGUGAGAUACUAUUCCAGGAUCCGUGCUCUCCUUCCUGUUGGUGUGUGUGUAUACAUAUGUAUUCUAGUGUGUGUCGGGGCCUGCUCUCUCCCCACUUCCCACCAAUCAGUCAGAGGCAACCUGGAGUUGAAGUGGCCUAACACAAUAACGGAGACAACAACCUGCACUUGUUUGGUUUGGAAAAACUGAUCAAUCAUCCUCCAUCAUUCUAGAUUCUCGAUCAAUGACUCAACCAAAUCAAAGUGGUGCAAUCUUGUCCCUGGUAGGUCAGUCAAGUAGUAGCACCACAGAUAUGUUCAUACUGUGGUAAUUCCCACUAAUCCAUCCUCAUUACACAUAUGGGAAAUAGAUGUUAGAUUCCUAUUUUCUGGGCAGGUAUUUCAUGUUAGCUGUGUUUAGGUUAAUAGCCUUAGCCUUAUUCUGCCCUCAGCCUCAGAGAGAGAGAGAGAGAGAGAGCUGGAGAGGCUAUCUUGUAAUUUUGUCUUGCCAAUAAAGUUAUUUUUGAAUUUCAUUGUCAGAGGGGACAAAGAGUUUGUAUGGCGAAUUGUAGCAAUACCUGACUCAUUCUGGCUACUCUUGUUUAUUGCAAUAAGAAAAUUAAACAAUAAAUGUGUAUGUGAGUGAAACAUUAUAUGUAAUUUAAAUGAAAAAGAAACUUUAUGGUAAAUACUAAUGGUAUCAAGAGAAACCAUGGUGGGAAAAAAGUAAAUGUCAAUAAAUCAUUAAAUGAAACAAAUGUC